UGAUUUUAGAAGCAACAAAAUCCUUUUUGACCAGAGUAAUCCCCUACCAAACAUUGCUAGCUUGUGACACAAGUGAAACCCUAACCUACCAAAUUCUACUCGUUACAAUCCCUCCGAAAAAUUGCCAGUAAACUAUAGUCGUCAUCGUAGAUCGGUAUAGUAGAACAAAGAUUUGAAUCGAUAAAAGGCCCUCUCAAGAUUGACGGUCGUUGGUUCACUUUAAAGGAAGAUGAACGGCGGCCCAUCUGGUUUCAAUAAUGCUCCGAUCACUAGAACCUUUGUCAUUGCGUGUUGUGUGUUCACGAUCGUGUUUGGGAUCCAAGGUCGUUCAAACAAGCUCGGAUUAUCUUAUCAGGAUAUCUGGAAGAAGCUUCAGUUAUGGAAACUGAUUGUUUCAACUUUUACAUUUUCAUCUACACCAGAGCUCAUGUUUGGUGCUUAUCUUCUAUACUACUUUCGUGUGUUUGAGAGACAAAUUGGUUCUAACAAAUAUGCUGUGUUUGUCUCCUUUUCUAUAAUUGUGUCUUCACUGCUACAGCGUUUUGGCCAAGCAUUUCUUAAUGAUCCAACUUUGAGUGUGCUUACAUCUGGACCCUAUGGCCUUAUAUUCUCUUCCUUUGUUCCAUUCUAUUUUGACAUUCCUGUUUCAACACGGUUUCGUGUGAAUGCUCUAAGUUUCUCAGACAAAUCUUUCAUUUAUUUAGCUGGUCUUCAGCUUCUACUAUCAUCUUGGAAAAGAUCCCUAGUUCCAGGUCUAUGUGGCAUCCUUGCUGGCACUUUAUAUCGUUUAAAUGUACUACGCAUCCGCAGGCUUAAGUUCCCAGAGUUGAUAGCCUCCUUUUUCUCAAGGCUUUCUUUGCCAUCUGUGGGGAGUGCAUCACCUGCUCCACCACCUAGAAAUGGACCAUCCUUUGCAGCUCGUCAAGUUGAGGGUAAUUAUCGAAUUCAGCCAGACAAGCCCUUGUUCAUGCCAGAAACGACAUCAAUGCUGCUACAAAUAUUCUUCUUGAGUCACAAGUUCAUUAAUCACAUUCACAGAUAUUCUCUAUGCUCCAGUUUUGAGUUGAAGAUAAUAGGAUAAUCUGCUCUUCUAGAAGAACUCGCAAACUUGUUUAUGGUGUUUUGUUCAAAGUUUAGUUUCGUUUUAUUUACUGUCAUGUUUUUUUUUUUUUUUUUUUUUUUUUUUUU